AUGGGGGUGUGUGGCAGCAGUGGCGGAGACGGUGGUGGUGGUGCCAGCGGUGGUGGUGGAGGCAGCGGCGGUGGUGGAGGCGGCGGAGGUGGAGGCGGUGGAGGCGGCAGCGGAGGAGGCGGUGGUGGUGGAGGAGGUGGAGCUGGUCGAGGUGGUACCCAGCAGCGUAGCGGCGGUGGUGGUGGCCAGCAAUCGCAGCGGCAGCAGCAGCAGCGCUCGCGGGACAUCCCUCCGCCUCAGCAGCUUCGUGAGUGGUACGUUGGGCGUCAGAGGGGUGGGGGUACUGGUCCCUGCACCUACGUUCUUCGUUCCGGCGACCGCGCGGGUGAGCAGUGUGGGGGUGCCCACGCCACCCAGCGCUGCUUUGGCCGCCUGACGGACGCUUGGCGUCAGCAGUUCCCUGGGGCUAGUGAGAUCCCUCGCUGGGAUGAGCUUCUCAGGGCUGGUGUAGCGAUCUUUGAUUUUGAUUUUGAUGCUAUCCUUGCUGCUAUGUAUGUUGUGGAUUAUAGUGAGGAGAAUGAGGGUUACCGUUGUUUCCAGCCCGACCCGGGCAUUGGUACUGCUGCGCUAGGUGCUUGUGAGGCUGCUGCUCUAGGUGCCAGUGCGUCUGUGCUCUCAGGUACUGGUGAGACUGCGCUCUCAGGUACUGCGUCGUCCUCGUCCUCCCUCACUUUCACACUUGACUCCGGAGCUUCUCGCUCCUUCUUUCGAGACCGCACUACCCUUACGCCGCUCGGCCGGCCGGUUGCGGUCUCCCUUGCUGACCCCUCUGGGGGUCCUGUCCUGUCUCACUUCUCCACUGUCCUCCCGUGUCCGGCUGCCCCUUCGGGCACCCUGUCGGGUCUGUACCUUCCCUCGUUCUCUACGAACUUGGUGAGUGGAGCGGACCUGCAGGAUGUGGGGGUUCACCAGUUCACUCCUGCGAGUCAGCGGGUGACCCACUGCACGGAGGCACGCACAGGCCGACACCUGGCCACGUUCUCGCGUCGGCCGGGGUCGAGUCUCUACACCCUGACCGUUGAGUCUCCUCCUGUCCCUGCGUCUGGUCAGGUGGCUGCGUCGGGUCAGGUGCUUGCUGCUGCGUCCCGUCUCUCCCUCCUCUCCCCUCCGGGCCAGGACCUUCCUGUGUCCCCUGUGUCGAGGGUCGCCUCCGGGCUACUCCUCACUCCUCCCACUUCUCCCCCGACAGAGGCUCCCCUGCAGACGCUUCACAUGGAUGUGUGGGGCCCAGCCCCCGUCCGUGGGCAGGGUUACGAGCGCUACUUCCUGUUGGUGGUUGACGACUACUCGCGUUACACCACAGUCCUCCCCUUGCGCAGCAAGGGUGCGGUCACUGAGGUGCUGAUCGACUGGAUCCGCGGAGAGUUCUCUUCUCGCCUGCUGCGGGACUACUGUCGUGCACGGGGGAUCCGCCAGACCUUCACGCUUCCGGACUCACCACAGCAAAAUGGGAUUGCUGAGCGCCGCAUUGGUAUGGUCAUGGAUGUCGCUCGUACGUCCAUGAUGCAUGCGGCUGCCCCCCAUUUUCUGUGGCCGUUUGCGGUGAGGUACGCGGCGCAUCAGCUCAACCUUCACCCCCGGGUCUCUCGGCCUGCGAUGUCCCCAGCCUUGCUGUGGACGGGGAAGGUUGGCGAUGCGUCUGUGUUCCGUGUCUGGGGAUCUCGGGCGUUUGUCCGCGACUUGUCUGCGGACAAGCUGUCCCCUCGUGCUGCUCCCUGUGUCUUCCUUGGCUUCCCCACUGACGCCCCAGGGUGGCAGUUUUACCACCCCUCCUCUCCUCGUGUUCUGUCCUCCCAGGACGUGGACGUGGACGUGGACGUGGAGGACUUGGACGUGGACAUGGACGUGGACAUGGACGUGGACAUGGACGUGGACGUGGACGUGGGCGUGGACGUGGACGUGGACGUGGACGUGGAGGACUUGGACGUGGAGAUGGACGUUGACGUGGACGUGGACGUGGACGUGGACAUGGACGUGGACGUGGACAUGGACGUGGACGUGGACAUGGACGUGGACAUGUACGUGGACGUCGACGUGGAAGUGGACGUGGACGUGGAGAACUUGGACGUGGACAUGGACGUGGACAUGGACGUGGACGUGGAUGUUGACGAAGACAUGGUCGUGGAUGUGGACGUGGACGUGGACGUGGACGUGGACAUGGACUUAGACGUGGACGUGGACGUGGACGUGGACGUGGACGAGGUCGUGGACGUAGACGUGGUCGUGGACAUGGACGUGGACGUGGACAUGGACGUGGACGUGGACGUGGACGUAGACAUGGACGUGGACCUGGACGUGGACGAGGACGUGGACGUGGACAUGGACGUGGACGUGGACGUAGACAGGGACAUGGACUUGGACAUGGACGUGGACGUGGACAUGGACAUGGACACGUCCACGUCCAUGUCCACAUCCACGUCCAUGUCCACGUCCACGUCCAUGUCCACGUCCAUGUCCAUGUCCACGUCCACGUCCACGUCCACGUCCAUGUCAUUUGCACUCUAA